UUCUUUGUGUAUUUGAAGUGGAUUUCGAUUGCGGACAUGCGUUUCCCGAACGAAACGAGCACCGAGAGAGUUUUUUUCCUGCUUGGCAAAAAAAAAGCUUCAAGUGCUCCGAGGCGGUUUGUGUAGAAACAGAAAUACUAGAGCGUUCACGAGCCAAGUUGUUAAAAGUGAAUGUGUGCGUGUGUGUUUGUGUGUGUGUGUGUGUGUGUCUCGCCUAAUUAUAGCUUUCACUUUUUGAUGAACACGUCGACUCGUGGCACUUUCGAUAUCAUUUUUUUGCUGCAUAGUUCCUGCUCGUUGUGAAUAUUUGUUGUUUUCAAUCAUUUUAUUAAAACGCAGUUUAAUAGGCCCUUUGCAUAUAACACAACCAAAAACCCGCCUCAAAGACAGAUUUUUAUCUCACUCCAAGUGUUUCUUUGGGUCCAAAUGAAUGGUGGAUGUUUCAACCAAAAAUAUUUUUAUAUUGCAUAAUUCACUUAUUGCGGUCAUUCGCCUUGUUGAGUCACCGCCUUUUCCGCGCAAAGGUGCGUGAAAGUCAUCCGAAAAAAUACCGGACGUUGCCUAAAUGUCAAACCACUUUCAACAUGGCGGGUUAUGUGUGUCAAAAACUGCGCAUACAAAUCUCUGAACAAGGAAAAAAUAAAACGACGGCACAUUGCAGAGCGGGCGAUGUCUCUUUUGAUGCGCACACACGAGCUUUAAUGAAUUAAAUUUAAAGUGUGCGUUUGGCGACUCCGGGGGAGUUUUUUUCCGUUGCAGUUUUGAGUGUGCAAAGUACAUGAGCUGGAGUGGGAAACACACAUGACCUGCAGCCCGGGCGCACCGUGCACCCGUGUGGCUUCGCGUGCACGUUUACGUUUCCUCUUUUACUUUUAUUAUGCAUUUUCCGAAUAUAAAUAUAUAGAUAGAUAUAUAUCGGGUUCUGUAUAAGGCGUGGAUAGCCUGUAAGGCGGUUGUGUUUGGCAGUUGAAGUGAACUGGGAACGGGGGGAUUUCACCCCAUGUGGUGAAACCCCCAUUUAGAUAUCGGCCUAAUUUGUGUGAUGGAUUGUUCUUCAUUUCGAUCAGUUUCGCAUUCUGUGUGCAUUGUUUCAGUGGUGGUGACUAUUUAACGAUUAAAUUGAUAAUUGGGUUAUUCCACCUAUCCCUUUUUUUAUUUUUUUUAUUUCCACGGGCGAUUUGCAAAUCCUCCGCUCAGCUCUCUUAUUCUACAUGAGCUCUGCGUUUUUUUUGGCGGAAUCCGCCUCCGAGUCCGGAUUAAAAUCGUCAGCAGAACGAAACAACGAGGUCCAUGCGAUGGAUCCGAACAAUACAUUCCUACAUUUGUCUAAUCAAUAGACUCCACCUUGCCUUUUUAGAUUAAGCCGACUGCUCAAAACAUGGUAGGUCUAUGCAUAUUGUCCCAUAACAGGAGAUGUGUGAAGCGCAUUCGGGAAUGUGUCACAACACAACACCCAACCGUGUUUUCCAAUUCCUAAAAGACUCAAUUCAUUGGGUCUGCUCCACAAUAUUGAGGAUUUCAGGCUGCUCAACAGCUCCUCAAACCACACUCUCAUCACGGGGUUGGUUUUUUGAUAACGCAUUGUAUGCAAAUCGGUCCGGUCGGUAUUUCUUUUUUAAAGACUUCAGGAUAUUGUAGGCCUAAAGGCGCGGAGAGAUAGCCGUGAACGGGGAUGAUUGAGACCACUGAACGCCCCCCCACCAUGUAAUGGCUCUUCAGUACUCCCAGAUUAAGAUCUAUUGAACGAGCACAUUUGCAACGUGAACAAGCUCACCCUUGAGUUCACACGUCACAUGGGCAACCUCAGUCGCAGACGAAUAAAUAACUCCCAAGUCAGUCGUUUUAUGAAGUGGAAAACAAAUGCUUUCAGGAAAACAUGGCAACAUCUCCAUGCUGCGGUGCCCCAAAUAAGCGUUCAGCACUUUAGCCAAACAGGUUUAGCAUAGUGCUGAACCGUUCACCGUUUUUCUCCUCUGCUUGUUCAUUAAUGAACAGCGAGUUCUGUCUUGUGCGCACGUUUGUUAUUUUGCAGCAUUGGGGCUGACCUUCCGGAACCACAUUUCUGUCCUUUGUUUUUUAGUUUUUCUAUCAUUGAAGGACAUUUUGAAAACCAUGUACAGCGAGUCCAUCUUGAAAUCACGGUUGUUUAAAAAAAAAAGUAUUGUCUCCCGUUUCCUAAAUAAGAGGAAAUUCUAAAUUCGAGUCCAGCAUGUCCGCGUCCCCCCAACAGAUGACGGACAGCAUGUCGGACUAACGAGCGGCAAAACGCGGGCAGGAGCGGAGGCAUGUGUGCUUUGUUGCCUAGUGUGGAUGUAGUGCUGCGAUGCAGUGAAGUCAAACAACAGGCUGACAAACAAACAAAAACAACUACAAGGUCAAAGUUAAAAGUUCACCGAGCAACGGAGGGCGCAGGAUGCAGAACCGAAGCCACGACCGUUCAUUGGCUCGGGCCGCCGGAAGGUUCCACCCUUCCACCAAUGGAAAAGAAGAAGAGAUACCCACGGACGGCGGAUCGGCGGAGGAGGAGGCAGAGUUCAACUGGGAGGAGUACAUGGAGGAGUCGGGCACCAGUGCCGCCCCACACACGGCCUUCAAACACGUGGAGACCAGCCUGCGGAGCAGUUUCCAGCCGGGCAUGAAGCUGGAGGUGGCCAACCGGGCCGGAGCCGACACCUACUGGGUGGCCACCAUCGUCACCACCUGCGGCCAGCUGCUGCUGCUGCGCUACUGCGGCUACGGCGCCGACCGCAAGGCCGACUUCUGGUGCGACGUCAUGACCGCAGAGCUGCACCCCGUGGGCUGGUGCACGGCCAACGGCAAGACCCUCGCGCCCCCACAAGAUAACCUUUACCUCAGAAAAGCCAUUAAGGAGAAGUUCAGCGACUGGACGGACUUCCUGGUUCAGGAGCUAACAGGCUCGCGGACGGCGCCGGCUAACCUACUGGAAGGGCCUAUGAGGGGUAAGAACACGGUGGACCUGGUGGUAGAGGCCUCUCUGAUGGAGGUCCGUGACCCCACCAGCCCCGCCCUCUAUUGGCCGGCGCGGGUGGUCCGCAACGUUGGCGGGCGCCUGCGGCUGCGCUACGUGGGCCUGGGGGGGGGAGGGGGAGACGAGGACCCGCAGGGGCGGGACUUCUGGCUGUUUUACCUGGACACCAGGCUCCGCCCACUUGGCUGGGCCAGCGAGAACUCUCUCUCUCUGGAACCGCCCACAGAGCUCAGGUCUCUGAAGAGCGCCCCCGAGUGGCAGGAGGCCCUGGAAGCAGCACAGCAGGAGGCCCAGGCGAAGCCUCUGCCCCUGGAGGUGUUCAAGGACCACACGGACCCCCCCAGGCACUCCUUCAGCACAGGAAUGAAGCUCGAGAUGGUGUCGCCGUGGAAACCGCUGUGCAUCUGCCCCGUCUCCGUCACCAAGGUCUACGACGAGUUCUACUUCCAGGUCACAGCGGACGACCUCUCGCCCGAGGCCACGCCCACGUCGCUGGUGUGCUCCGCCCUCACGCCGGGCAUCCUGCCCGUGCAGUGGAGCCUGAAGCAGGGGGUGGGCAUGGAGCGGCCCGGGGGCUACGCCGGCCAGGACUUCGACUGGGCCGACUACCUGAAGCACUCCGGGACGGAGGCGGCCCCCGACACCUGCUUCCCCGACGAGUGGAAGAACCGGGACUUCUCCAAGGACACCUGGCUGGAGGCCGUGAACCCUCUGGUGCCCUCCGAGGUCUGCGUGGCCAAGGUCACUCAGGUCAAAGGUCGUCUGAUGUGGCUGCUACUAGAAGGUGUGUCCAAGGGGCUGUCAGAAUGCAUUGCGGAUGUGGAGUCUAUGGACAUCUUCCCUGUGGGCUGGUGUGAAGCUAACGGCUACACGCUAACUACACCUCACAAGCCCGUCUGCCAGAACCAGAAGAAGAUAGCAGUGGUACAGCCAGAAAAACAGUUGGCUCCGCCCCCACCCAUCGAGACCGCCCCCACCAACACCUGCCCGCCGCUCAGCGUUGAUCCAGGCUCGGCCAACGGUCGCUACUGCUGCUCAAAGAUCUUCAUCAACCACAGGUGCUUCUCGGGGCCCUACCUGAACAAGGGCCGCAUCGCCGAGCUGCCCCAGGCCGUGGGGCCCGGCAAGUGCUCACUGGUCCUCAAGGAGGUUCUCACAAUGCUGACCAACGCGGCCUACAAGCCAGGGCGCGUCCUGAAGGAGCUGCAGGAGGUGGAGGACCAGAGCUGGGAGUGUCACGAGGAGAUCCUCAAAGCCAAGUACAAAGGGAAGCCCUACCGCGCCACCAUGCCCAUUGUGCGUCUGGCCGAGCAGAUCCCCGACUUCUGCCGCCGGGUGUGUCUGCGUCUGCAGUGCUGCCCCAACCUCUUCAGCCCCACGCUGGUGACCGACAAGUGCCCCGAGAACUGCUCCAUGCAGACCAAGACCAAAUACACAUACUACUACGGGAAGAAGAGGAAGCUCCCCAAGCCCGUGGGCGGGGAGGAGCUGUCGGAGGCGGACCCCAGCAAGCCGGCCCGCCGCAGGAAGAAGAGGAAGGCCAUCUUCGUCCAGAGGAAACGCCGCUCCUCAGCCGUCGACUACACGCCCGCGAGCUCGCUGCAGGAUAGCGAUGAAGAGGAGGACGAUGACGAAGAGGACAUGGACUUCCAGUCGGGGAGCGAGGAGAGCGCGGGGUCCCGGCAGCGGGGGGCGCCCGCCGCGGCCCCGCCCCUCAGCACCCGGCCGCGUCGGGCCGCCAGCCUGCGCCGGGGGUCCCUCGGCGGCGGGGGGCUGGGGGCCAGCGGGGGAUCCACCGAGGGGCCCGAGGGCCGCAGGCGGUCGGCCCGCUCCCUGGCCGCCUACGGUCAGAACAACAAAAACAAUAACAACAACAACGAGGACGAGAACUACACGCCCCCCGGGAAUCAGGAGACCAAGAUGGAGGGUGUGGAGGAGCAGGAGGAGGACGGUCAGCUGGUGCUGGAGAGGAACCCUCUGGAGUGGAGCGUGGACGAGGUGGUCCAGUUCAUCACCUCCACGGACUGCGCCUCGCUGGCCAACAUAUUUCAAGAACAGGACAUCGACGGCCAGGCACUGCUGCUGCUGACGCUGCCCACGGUGCAGGAGUGCAUGGACCUGAAGCUGGGCCCCGCCAUCAAGCUGUGCCACCAGAUCGAGCGCGUCAAGGUGGCCUUUUACCGCCAGUAUGCCAACUGACCACCCUCCGAUCCCCUCCUCGGCCCCCCCCCGCCCAACCCCCCACUGAAACUAUUUGAACCCGCCACUGCAAGCAAACCCGCCUGACUUGUUUCUGUUUUCUCCUCGGUGGAAAUGUUUUUUCUGUGAAGAAAGGGUUUUUAUGGA